AAAGUGAUGGCCAGACUCCUGGAAAUCUUGAAGGAGAAAAUAAUACAGCUGACUUAAAAAGCAGUAAGCAAAAUUUGCAAUUGUCUGACGUUGUUAAUAUUCUUGUCUCUGUUACUGGUUCCUGUAAGACGAUUUGUCUAUUUCUCUAUUCUGCAUCACACAAAUCACAUGAUUAUCCGCUAAUCUCUCUCUUUUAGGAUCAGCAGCAUAAGAGUUCUUCUACUUAGCGUAAUUUUCUUACAAAUUCAAAAAUUCUUACAGCAAUGCAAGGGCAUCCCGUCAUUUUGUAUCACAACCAUUUGUACUGAUUCGAAGCGCUUAAAAAUUCAGUGAUGGAACGGGUGAAGAAGAUCAUCUGCAGGUCCAUUUAUAAGGGACUAAAGUAUUCCUGAGUGUGUAAAAUGGACAAGCAGCAAAAAUGGAUUGUUUAUCAAUAUCAUGACAUCGCUGGGCAUAAUUAUUACGGAAGUUCCAAUAGUAGUGGAGUGCUUUAGGGCAUUUCUCCCUUGUCGCGGGCUACCCUUCAUGCAUCACAUUGCGGAGUUUGCUUAUUGUUGGGUUGUUGGCUGUCUUGUUGUGAAUCUGUGGAAGAUUUAUAAGUGAUGCUGGAAGAUUCUUUGUGAUCGGGUGGAUGUCUAACUGUGGGAAUUCUCCUACAGGUGGAGCUGGCUGUGGUGAUACUCUGGAGAGCUCAUCGGCAACAGGUACUUCGGUGCCCUUUACAUACUUCACGGUAACAUCGUACUUCAGAGCUCGUAGUGCAAACCCCUGUAAUCUCACAGGGCAGUUGCUUAGUUUUAUCUUGAAGAUCGCCUUGAGCGACUUGUGAUCUGUGUGGAUAGUGUAGGACUUGCUGUAGAUGAAGUAAUGGAACCUUUCAAGUCCACAAGUGACGCCAAGUGCCUCAUGUUCAAUGUUACUGUAUCACUGUUCAGUCUUGGUAAGGGCUUUAGAGGAAUAGCAGACAGGCUGUCCAUAUUGUAGUAGUACAGUGCCUAAUCCUUUUGGCGAGGCAUCAGUUUCAAUGACGGUUUCUGCAUGCAGGUCGAAGUACCUAAGUGUGCCAAGUGAUGAGACUUCUUUCUUGACCAUGGUGAAGGCUCGGUUGUGCUCAGGUCCCCAGGAGUACGCUGUGUCUUUCUUGGGCAGGUCCCUCAGUGGUGCUGACAAGGUAGCUAGGCGUCUGGAAUGUCUUGUCAGAUAUUUGACUAAGCCAAGGAAGCUCUGUAGGCUCUUGACAUUGUCAGGCGGUUUCAUGUCUAGGGAUUGCUGAUACUUGCUUGUCGUCAGGUUCGAUUCCUUGUGGUGUCCAAGAGUGUCCAAAGAAGCUGACUUCCUUACACUUGAAGUGCACUCUGUCUUUGUUGAAUACCACACCCUUCUGUUGCGUCGAAGUACUUAAGUACACCGAGUGAUGAGACUUUUUUCUUGACCCUGGUGAAGGCUCGGUUGUGCUCAGGUCCCCAGGAGUAUGCUGUUUCUUUCUUGGUCAGGUCCCUCAGUGGUGCUGACAAGGUAAAUAGGUCUCUGGAAUAUCUCGUCAGAUAGUUCACGAAGCCAAGGAACCUCUGUAGGCUCUGGAUAUCCUCAAGCGGUUUCAUGUCUAGGAUUGCCGAUACUUUCUUGUCGUCAGGUUUGAUUCCUUGUGGCGUCUAUUCAGGUUUCUGUCAUGCCUAACUUCAGAUGAUCCAUAUACAAAUGUGUCAUCAGCGAUACCAGUAACGCCAUCGAGGCCUUUGAAUGCUGUGUCAAGCUGCUUUUGAAACACGUCUUGUGAAAUAACAAGGCCAAGUGGAAGACCUUUGAGGUGAUAUCAGCCAAAUGGCGGGCUGAAGUUUGUGAGGUAGAAGCUCUCUUCAUCAAGUGUUACUUGCCAGUACCCCUUUAUUGCAUUGACAAUGGUGAAGAAUUUAGUGCCGUUGAGCUUGGUCACCACCUCAUCAACUGUCUUUGAACAAUAAUGUUCCUUUUUGCCCAUUUGUUCAGGUGACAGGGGUCUAAACAGACUCUGAGCUUGGUGACUUCUCCAUUGUUGUUUUUUGUCUCACUCAACACAAUACUGUUGACCCAGUCAAUGGGCCUGUCAGUAGGUGUGAUGACAUCGAGAUUCAGCAUGUCAUCUAGUUCCUUUUGGUAAAGGUCUUUAAGGUGCACUGGAACUGACCGCAGUGGGUGUAUGACUGGUUCUGCUGUUGGGUCAAGCGUAAUAUGGUGAGGUUUCAUGUCCUUAAAUGUUCUUAGUCCUUUGAAGCGGUCUGGGUAGCUGCUUAGGAGGGUUUCCUUGGUUAGCAGUAGGGGAUUCUCUAUGCUGCAGUUGAUGGUGACAAAUCUGAGUUCCUCACAUGUCCUACAUCCUGGCAUGGCGGCUCCUUGUACAUUGGUUACUGUGAAGGUUACUUCCUUUAUCCCAUCUUUGUGAUGGAUAAAUAGCUGACAGGUACCCAUGCAUUCCAUCUUUUGGCCACCAUAAGCUGUGAGGAUCUAGGGUGAUCCAAGUGUUCUGUCAUUAGGAGAGGCAAUGAUCUUUUCAAACUUAGUCUUAGGUAUUACAUUAGUCUCUGCACCUGUGUCUGUUUUGCAUACUAUUUAGGUACUUCUCUUGUGGUAAGGCUUAGUAGUUAUUUCAACUGUUUUGAAGACUUUGUUGCGGUUGUUGUUGUCUACGCUGUCUACGCUGUCUACGCUAUCUCCCUCAAGUGAUCCUAGGAGCAUACCAUCAUAGGUCAAGUCAGAGUUAUUUUUUUGGUUACUGGCUGUAUGGUACUGUACUUCGUGUACUUGGUUUCUUUUCUGGCAAACUUUGCUGAAACGACCCCGUUUGUGGCAACAGUGGCAUUCAACACCACUAGCUGGACACUUUUCGUUGCCUGUAUGGGAAUCAUUGCCACAUCACUGGCAUAGUUGCUUGUCGUUUCUUUGUUUUCUGGCUUUGUUGUCUCUCUGGCCUCUUUGUUUGGUUUUUGCAUUGCCUUUGGCUCUUUGUAGUGAGUUGACUUGUAUUUUAUCUGCUUUGCUUGUCAUUGCUUGCAGCUGUAGCCUGGUAGCUUUGUCAGUACGAGCGAUUUCUCUGGCUUUCUUGGGUGUGAGGUCACUUCCUUCAGCAAAACAUUUCUUUCACACAAUGUCAGAAUCAACGCCGAACACAAGAGCGUCUCUCAGUAAUUAGUCAUGGAGCUUGGACAAAUAGCCACUCUUUUGGAUCAACAGCUUGGCCUCUGUCAGGAAAUCAUCGAGGGGUCAUCCGUUUUGCUUCAGGUUUUGGAGAUAGAAGCACUUAAGUAUGUGGUUGGACUGGGGUUUCACAUCCUCUUCGAAUCACGUCCAGUAUUCAUCAAGUUUCUUUUGUUCUUCACUGCUCAAGUUCCCAGUGUUGAACAGGUCUAGACCGUAGUCACCAGUCCACAGAAGGACUUAUCGACAUCUCUGCUCAUUGGUUCGUGCCUUGAGUGGUCCAUCAAAAUAGAAGUUCACAUUUCUGUCGGAAACGCUUGAACCUCUGAGGUAAAUCUGGUCCAGGAGUCCAGUCUAUUAUUGGUGAUUCGAAACCUAUUAAAUCGCUCAUUUCGUUCUUGAAUUCUGCUCUUGAGUUUUGUCUUGAGUCUUGAUGGGUUUUUUGACCUAUUAAUCGAAGAUCCCACUCCUAACAACCAUGUAAAUAGACUCGUAGUUCAACUCAAGUAGUUUAUUCAGCCAUUAUUACAAAAGGAUGUGGUCGGGAACAAUACCGCACGUGAUAAAUUACGCGUUACGUAAUUAACAUGCAUCACAUAGAGAAAUGGUUACCUUACAUUUUAAUUAUACGAGAUUAGAUACUGUUACAUAUGUCACUCUCAAAUCAGAGAAGCCUCGUUAGAAUGGUCUCUGGUGGCCUAGCUGGUCAAAGAACUGCAUUGUGCCAAUGUAGAAAAUGGCCAAGAAAACACCGAUCAUUGUCGAGUGAGUUUUCCAAAAUCCAAAAUGACAGCGGUAACAUAUAUCGUGUUUUUGGCAACUUCUAGCAAGUUAUUGUAUAAUAAAUAGAUUUAGCUAAGCCUUAAAGCAGAGCUCUUGUUAGUUUACUUUCCAGCCCUUCAUUAUACUGAAUAAAAACUGCGAUAAAACUCUUCAGCACAGGCUGUAGAAGAGUUUCUUCAAAGGGAUAAGAGACCAGACGAGGUCUGGUCUGGAACCUGCGGGCGAUGUUCUCACAAAUUGCAAAGCAAUCAACACACAUGCUAGUCAGUAGUAUGUUCAAACAGCUAGGGACCUUCGUCGUUGUUCCUAAUGUUUUGAGCAAAUUUUCGAAGAUACACUUUCACACUUUUUCACACUUUAUUUUCCUACCUAUUUACAAGAUACUCCUUUGACCCACGAUAGCAAAUGCUAAUCGAAGCGGGUCAAAUUUUUUUAUUUAUUUAUUUUUUCUUAACCGACUUGAUUCAAUUACACUGGAAAUGAAACAGAAAUAAAGAAAUAUAACAUAAAAGGACAAAAAGAUACACCAACUCGCGAAAAGCCUUUUAUGAAAUCUAUGAAAGAUUUCCAUAGAUCAAACACCUAAAUACUUGAUGUAACCCUAAUAUUCCUAUUUUUUACCAUUAAAUAUACCUGUUUGUGGAAGAUAACAGAUUUGCUUUUGUCUAGGGCGAAAAAUAAGAUUUCAAUUUUUUUGUAUUUAAAGUCAAUUUAUUUGUAGUUAACCAGUCAUGUAAAUUGUUCAGUUCAGCAUUGACUGUCUGUUCUGAAGAAUUGUGGUCCUUGUCGGCAUAGAGAAUAUUAGUGUCAUCCGCAAAUAAGAAAAAUUGAAGUUUAUUGGAACAGAGGUGAAUGUCAUUUAUAUAAAGUAAAAAGAGAAGUUGUCCUAAAACCGAACCACGAGAGACACCACAGGGAGAAAUUAGUUUAGUUGAUACGUGCGAUCCAAUUUGAGUUGUUUGCGUUUGAUUUGUUGAGUACGACUGGAACCACUCGUUGAUAAUCCCUCGAAAACCAUAAAAUUAAGUUUAUAUAAGAUAGGGUGUGUUUUCUUCUUCUGACAAAGUGUAUGACGUCAGCAUCAGUUGAAAUUGUAUUUCUUAGGGCGGGAGUUAUUAUUUCGGUUUGGAAAAAUGAGCCAAAAUUGAAAGAAACGACGGCAAACUACUUUGUAUUAAGACAUCACUAGUCGAUUGGAGUGUAUAUUUGGUGAGCACAGUGAGUCAGUGAAACAAUACGCCAGAAUGGUAUGGGCUUCUCUUAUAUCUUCUCUUGAGGUUGCCAGGUAUGACUGCUUGCCCUAUUGCUUUUCCCUAACGUUUUAACCUCCUCUGUUUAGCGUAGAAAAUUAAUCAAAGUGCUCUAUGAGCAAACUCGUGAAUUGACACAUGAUUUUUUCGAUUAUGUUUAAUGUUAUCUGGUUUAGGGAAUUUUGUGGUUGAUUGUCGUAUCUAAAGUACAAGCAGUAGUUCAGUGUUCACUAAUGUAGCAAAGAAACAAAGUAAUUGAAAUUGAAAUGAUCAUGCUAUUACAUUUGACAAGGGUGGAUGAUGUCAUGUGUUUUAAACGUAUAUCAUUUUUGUUUUUGGUUCAAAAGAAAAGGUUGGAAGUAAAUGUGGGUGAAAAGUGAAAUUUACUGUCUAUCAUUGUAAAAAUUAGAAAAUCAAGGCAAUACUGUCUUAAUGAAAACUUUAACGAUUCCCUCUUUAUCAAAUGAGACAAACGGGAACGAGUUUGAGUGAUAUAACUAAGCCAAGACUGCCACCGUCAUUUUGGAUCUCCGCCUGGGUAGAUUUUAGUCACGUGCUAGGCAACGUAUAAUCAAUAACAAGAUAGAAUUUCAUUUCAGGCUUAUUUAUCAAUUUUGUGGUUUAUAACUUUCGCAUUUUAGUACGUAAUACGUACUUUGAAUCUUCAAAUUGUCUUGAACCUUAAAAGAAAAUUGUUCGUUAAAAAUUCACUGAAAAUCGGUAGCUAAAAUUAUUUGUUUAGGCGUUAUUUUAUUUUCGUGUUUACUUGUAAUUUCGUCAGUCGUCGGCAUCUUUUGUUGCUUCACACAAGAAAAACACACGAUACCAAACGUAAUGAUCGAUUUUGUCCUCAAUCUCACGCCAUAACAAGAAAAGCUUUUGAACAUCUGUAAACUCCGUGCGCUUCUUCGGAUUGUUUUCAAGUUCAAGGAUUGAGAAUUACAAUUUUAUGAAAAACGAAGGUUCUGUUAUUUCAGUGUGAAUCCUAGCUUGCCUGCCAGUCGCUGGCGCCGCUUGUUGAAACUAAAACGAAAAAAAAACACUCUUUUAAGAUUAUCAUUGGCUUCUUUUUCACCCCACCACUAUUCUUAGCACCAAAGGUCGUCAUUUCGUUUGUUUAUUGCUCGCCAAAAACUAUCAAAUGCACUCAAAAGCCUAAAAUCGAAAAAAAGUUUACAGGAAUCGACCAAUCGAGCGAGUGAGCGAAUGCUAUUCCCCACAUCGUAUCUAUAACUCGCUCUUGCGCAUGCGCGCAAUUCACGAGCUAAAAAGAAAAGUAAUAUUCAGCUCGUGUUUGAACCUGUAAUUUCUUAAAACCUUUUCGCUUUUGGCUAUUCCUGUUUCAUGAUUGUCCUCUGGCUGGAAAUACACGACGUCUUUCUCUGAUAUUUGCUCUUAAUUAAUUCGGUAACCUCUGGUGAUGGAUGAUGAUAUCAGUAUGUAGGUUACUGCUAACCGAUUGACUUACUGACUGAAUGACAGACUGACUGGCUUUUGUUGAUCCUUGAUCCUCUCUGACCUCAGAUGUGCAGUAAGGUAUUGCCACUGUAUAUUUAUAAUAUUUCUAAGAAAAUUGAAUUUGCUCUAGCAAACCACAAAAUUGACAAUUGACCAUUGUCCAUACGUGGGGGUUAGCGGUUGGGAAAUUGUACAGCCUGGUGUAGAGGGAAAUAAGCUAUAAACUAGAUUGAUGAAAACAGGAUUGAACCAUGCCGCCAUAAUACUAAUACACUACCUUACAAAGGACAGCAGGUGGUCAAAACUUACGAACCUUCCAAAAAUUAGAGAGAAUGAUGUGUGAUCCACAUUAUUUUAUAUAUGUACAUAUCUGUCUAAAUCUGAAGUGAAAGAUUUUAAGACCAAAUUCAUCGACCCACCAACAAUCAACUUUUUUAUCAUUAUUUAAUCCAAACAUGCAACAAAGCCUAGCACGUUAAUGUGUUGUCCACUAUGUCAUUCAUCAUCUAGUUAUUUCUAACAAGAAAUGAUUAAAGAUCAGUGGUUUAAAAUCUAUGCAAACUUACAUAUUAUUUGCUGGACACAAAAUUGCUUACAGUACAUUGAUUACCCCGAACACAUCUAUAAUAUUAAGGUUGCUUGCAAUAAAUUCAUAAACCAGUACUUUUUGCAAAUACAUUACUUGAUUCACACAUUUAUGGAACAUUAAAACAGAAUGACUGUCUACUUCCGUUUUACUUGGAAACAGCGGUAGUUGCAGUAAACUUGAUUUAGUUUCAUUCAUUCAAGCUUUUUUUAGCAAUUAGUAAGGAUUUUAUUAAUUUCAAAAUAAGCUAAGAAGGAACAGCAAGAGAAAAGGGAGAGGAGAAAACAAAAGAAAGAAUAACAAAGAAAGAAGGAGGAGGAACAGAGGAAAUUGGAGGAGGAGCAAAUAGAAAAGAAGGAUGAAGAUGGCUAUCCAGAUGUUUUUUCACUUGCUGUACUACGACGUAAACUAGUGGUAGUGGUACUUUCCAUCUUGCUUUUGACCCAUCUAACAUAAAGCUGCACCUCCUUAUGAGUCUAAAGUAUUCCUAAGUGUAUAAAAUGGACAAACAGCCAAAAUGGAUGGUUUAUCAAUAUCAUGACAUCACUGGGCAUAAUUAUAUAUUGAUUUUGUUUCCAGAAAGUGAUGACCCCAAUCUCCCGAUGAAAAAGGACGGCAGUUUAGACUGGAGAUGUAAAGAAAACCGCAAACUCCUGGGCACAAAUGAGAAGGGGCAACCAGUGAAUGUGACAGGUACUCCAGAUAGAAGAUUCAAAGAAACGAAAGAUGAGCAUGCCAGGGGGCAAUCUUCGUCAAAGAGCGGCAGAACACCAAGCAUUGCCCCUGUCAAGAAAUAUGGUAUGCCUGACAUGCUCUACACUAUUUUAAUAAAAGCUACCAAAGAGUCAUAUAGUGAAAAAUGCCUGAGUAAUGUUCCAAUGCUGGCACGAUAAGCAAGAAUGGUAGACUUUAUCUUGGACGGCUAACCUUAAAAUAUUAACUUUUAAACUGAAAGAAGCAUUUCAUGUACAGCUCUUGGUCUGAUUUACAAAAUAGUUAUUGUGCCCUUCACAAUUACCAAUUCUCCUCGUCUGAUUUCAAUUACUAAUCUUCAACUGCCUGCUAGCCUGACAAUAAUUAAUUUACCUAACAUUUCCUCUUGAUCUUGACUCUUGUGGAAAACUGAUUAAAAGGGGGAAGUCCCUACUUCAAGUUUUUUUUUGGCAGGUUCCAGUUAGAAUUCUCUGCGAGUGACCAGUUGUUUACAAUAGCUAAAUAAUUUAACUAAUGACUGGCAAAUCCUGGAAAGACCAUUAAUGUAAGGUUUUCUUCAAUCUUAAGAGGGACGAGAGACCAUCUUGGUUGUGAUCCAUCUAACAUAACGCUGCACCUCCUUGUCUUAAUUUUUAUUUGAAUAACACAGAUAUAAUUCCCAAUGCGUUGUCAUGAUAUUAGUGUUCUGUUCACAGCUGAGAUUGUGUAUUUAAUUGGGAUAUACCAAUCUGUCACCUUCCAAAUCCACCUUCUCUUCACUUAAAAAAACUUUCUGUGAUAUUAGUUUACUGUUUAUGAGUGUACAUCCAUGUUUUUCAUCAGUUCUACGAGUUUAGAUUUUAACCAUGGUCCUCUCUCUUGAUUGGUUUUGGUUAAAAUUUGGUAGGAUAUAUACUGAAUUGAUGAAACCAAGAGCUGAACAGUGCUGCCAAAACUUUGAGAAACUAGCUUACCAAUAUUGGUCAACCAAAAAUGUUUGAACCUAUCAGCUGAAGGUUUUCUACCUUCAUCAUGUUCAAGCCGUGAGCGCUUGUCAGCAGUGCCGUACAUUUACUAAUAAGAUCACUUUGACUGUUUUCAGUUGGUACGGGAGAAGAUGAAGUUGAUUCACGAAUUCACAAACCAGGUAAGGAGUCCAAUUUUUGAUUCUUGGACGGCUAACCUUAAAGUAUUAACUUUUAAACUGAAAGAAGCAUUUCAUGUACAGCUCUCGUUGUUAUAGCAUGCUUGCUGGGGCUUUUGUUAAAAAAAAAAUGAUUGCAAAAGUUGCAUUUAUUUAGCAUGUACCAUGGCCUGAAGGGGUGGCCUAUGAGAUUUCAUUAUCCUGUAUCAAUGCUCAGUUCAGCCUACUCCAAAGCCCUGACGAGCCUUGUGAGCCAAAUAUCAUCUGAACAUUUAUUAUGCAUUUAAGUUAGUUGCUUGCAAAAUUAUGUGCGUUAGAGGGCUAAAUUUGUAUGAAUUUUCUGCUUCAAGUCCACUGUGGUCCCAGUGUGUUUCUUUUCUCUUAAUUCUUAUUUGAAUAACACAGACACAAUUUUCAAUUCUUUGUCAUGAUAUUAGUGUUCUGUUCACAGCUGAGAAUGUGUAUUUAAUUGGGAUAUAUAUCAAUCUGUCAAUUUGAGCGACUUUUUGACUCGCACGAUCCAUCACCUUUCAAAUCCACCUUCUCUUCACUUAAAAUCUUUAUGUGAUAUUAGUUUACUGUUUAUGACUGUGCAUCCAUGUUUUUCACCAGUUCUAUGGUGUUUAGAUUUUAACGAUAGUCCUCUCUCUUGAAUGGUUUGGUUAAAAUUUGGUAGAAUAUAAACUGAAUUGAUGAAACCAAGAACUGAACAGUGCUGCCAAAACUUUGAAAAACUAGCUUACUAAUAUUGGAGAACCAAAAAUGUUUGAACCUGUCAGGUGAUUGGUGGGUGAUCCAGUUUUUCACAAAUCUGUAACUCCAAAAAAUUCAUGAUCUGUUCGUUUUGAAAUCUAAAUGUGCCAAUCCACCGAUCUACUUCCAUGCCCCUCCCCGCCCCUUGAUUUUGAAAUCACCGUUUUCUACCUUCAUCAUGUUCAAGCCAUGAGCACUUGACAGGAGUGCCGUACAUUUAUUAAUAAGAUCACUUUGAUUGUAUUCAGCUAGUACAAGAAAAGAUGAAGUUGAUUCACCAAUUGCACGCGAACCAGGUAAAGAGUCCAAGUUUUGAUUUAAGUUACGUUAAAGUUCUGUUGUAAAUAGACUCGUAGUUUAACUCAAGUAGUUUAUUCAGCCAUUACUACAAAAGCAUGUGGUCGGUAACAAUACCGCACGUGAUAAAUUACACGUUACGUAAUCAACAUGCGUAACACAGAGAAAUCGUGACGUUACAUAAUAAUCAUACGAAAUCAGUGAUCGAGUGCGAUGGUAGACACCUUCUGUUCGGUCAUUCUUAAUGAUGAAGGAUCUUGGUUCCUUGGCAGGUCUGAUAACUGUUCUUCGUUUCCAUCUCUGAGUGUGGUGGUCAUAGAUGUUGAUUGGCUGACCUGGUUGAAGUGGUUGCAGUGUCCGUCCAGCAACCUUGUUUUAGUAGAUUGCUUGUAGCUUUUGUCUCUGGUACAGCUCUUCCUUUGUCAUACUGGUAGUGUCACUGACACCUACACCCUUGAACAUUGAUAGAGUGGUCCUAAACUUAUGGUUGUUGAGCAGUUCUGCUGGAGAUUUCGAGUUGCUGCUGACAGGUGUCAUACUGUAGGGUAGUAGUCCAAGAUAGGGGUCUUCUCCUUCUUCAUCACAUUUCUUGAGGGUAUCCUCUACUGUCUAAACCAUGGGUUCUGCAGAACCAUUAUACUGGGGGUACAUCAGAGAGCUGGGAACAUGUUCUACUCCAUAGGCCUGCAUGAAGUUGCGGAGUUCCCCUGAUGCAUACUGAAGACCGUUGCCUCUGGUAAGCCGUUCCGGUAUCCCAUGUUCAGCAAAGAUGCUUUUCAGGUGGUUGAUGAUGGCACGGGAGGUAGUGCUGAUGAGCUUCCUAAUAAUUGGAAACUUGCUGAACUUUUCAAAUAUCAGUAGGUAUUGGUUUCCUUUGAACUCAAACAGAUCUGAGCUAAGCAUCUGCCAUGGGUGGCAGAGUGGUUGUUUUCUUUGAUGUGCUUGGCAGGUGCCACAGUUUUGGACUAGGCUGGUGACAUUUCUGGUGAUGCCUAACCAAAAUACUAAUGAGGCCGUCCUCGAUGAUGAGUUCCUCACGGAAGUUCCAGUAGUUGUGGAGUGCUUUAGGGCAUUUCUCCCUUGUCGCAAGGUACCCUUCAUAUAUUACAUCGCAGAGUUUGCUUAUCAUUGGGUCGUUGCCUGUCUUGUUGCGAAUCUGUUGAAGCUUUAUAAGUAAUGCUGGAAGAUUCUUUGUGAUCUGGUGGAUGUCUAACUGUGGGAAUUCUCCUACAGGUGGAGCUGGCUGUGGUGAUACUCUGGAGAGGGCAUCGGCAAUGGGUAAUUUUGCUCCCUUUGCAUACUUCAUAGUAACGUUGUACUUCAGAGCUCAUACUACAAACCUCUCACAGGGCAGUUGCUUAGUUUUUUCUUGAAGAUCAUCUCGAGCGACUUGUGAUCUGUGUGGAUAGUGCAGGACUUGCCAUAGAUGAAGUAAUGGAACCUUUCAAGCCCUCAGGUGAUGCCGAGUGCCUCAUGUUCAAUGUUACUGUAUUGCUGUUCAGUCUUGGUAAAGGCUUUAGAGGCAUAGCAGACGGGCUGUCCGUCUUGUAGUAGUACAGCGCCUAAUCCUUUUGGCGAGGCAUCAGUUUCAAUGACGGUUUCUGCAUGCAGGUCGUAGUAGCUAAGUGCGCCAAGUGAUGAGACUUCUUUCUUGACCAUGGUGAAGGCUCGGUUGUGCUCAGGUCCCCAGGAGUACGCUGUGUCUUUCUUGGGCAGGCCCCUCAGUGGUGCUGACAAGGUAGCCAGGUGUCUGGAUUAUCUCUUCAGAUAGUUGACUAAGCCAAGGAAGCUCUGUAGGCUCUUGACAUCGUCAGACGGUUUCAUGUCUAGGAUUGCUGAUACUGUCUUGUCAUCAGGUUUGAUUCCUUGUGGUGUCCAGGUGUGUCCAAAGAAGCUGACGUCCUUACACUUGAAGUGCACUUUGUCUUUGUUGAAUACCACACCCUUCUGUUGUGUCAAAGUACCUAAGUACACCAAGUGACGAGACUUUUUUUUUGACCCUGGUGAAGGCUCGGUUGUGCUUAGGUCCCCAGGAGUACGCUGUUUUUUACUUGGUCAGGUCCCUCAGUGGUGCUGACAAGGUAAAUAGGCGUCUGGAAUAUCUUGUCAGAUAGUUCACGAAUCCAAGGAAGCUAUGUAGGCUCUGGACAUCCUCAGGCGGUUUCAUAUCUAGGAUUGUUGAUAGUUGCUUGUCGUCAGGUUUGAUUCCUUGUGGCGUAAAAACGUAAAUUAGCCACCGUAAAGAGUAAAAAAGCUGACGUUUCAAGCAUUAUCGAUGUUUCGAGCGUUUCGAGCAUUUCGAUGGCAUCGCUCUGACGAAGGGCUAACGCUCGAAACGUCAGGUUUUCAACCCAAUUGUUAACACUAAAUUACCUGCUAUACUCUCCCACCGACGCAGCACCACAGUUUCUUUAGAAACUUACCCCUUUAUGCUUAACUUCAGAUGAUCCAUAUACAAAUGUGUCGUCAGCGAUACCAGUAACGCAAUCAAGGUCUUCGAAUGCCUUGUACAUUGGUUACUGUCAAGCUGCUUUUGAAACACGUCUUGUGAAACAACAAGUGGGAGACCUUUGAGGUGAUAUCAGCCAAAUGGCAGGCCGAAAGUUGUGAGGUAGAAGCUCUCUGUGUCAAGUGGUACUUGUUGGUACCCUUUUUUGCGUUGACAAUGGUGAAGAAUUUAGUGCCGUUGAGCUUGGUCACCACCUCAUCAACUGUCUUUUAACAAUAAUGUUCCCUUUUUGCCCAUUUGUUCAGGUGACAGGGGUCUAAACAGACUCUGAGCUUGGUGACGUCGCCAUUGUUGUUCUUUGUCUCACUCAACACAAUAAUGUUGACCCAGUCAGUGGGCCUGUCAGUAGGUGUGAUGACACCGAGAUUCAGCAUGUCAUCUAGCUCCUUUCGGUAAAGGUCUUUAAGGUGCAUUGGAACUGACUGCAGUGGGUGUAUGACUGGUUCUGUUGCUGGGUCAAGCAUAAUUUGGUAAGGUUUCAUGUCCUUAAAUGUUCUUAGUCCUUUGAGGCGGUCUGGGUAGCUGCUUAGGAGGGUUUCCUUGGUUAGCAGUAGGAGGUUCUCUAUGCUGCAGUUGAUGUUGACAAAUCUGAGUUCCUCACGUGUCUUACAUCCUGGCAUGGCAGGUCCUUGUACAUUGGUUACUGUGAAGGUUACUUCCUUUAUCCUAUCUUUGUGAUGGAUAAAUAGCUGACAGGUGCCCAUGCAUUCCAUCUUUUGGCCACCAUAAGCUGUGAGGAUCUGGGGUGAUCCAAGUGUUCUGUCAUUAGGAGAGGCAAUGAUCUUUUCAAACUUAGUCUUAGGCAUUAUAUUAGUCUCUGCACAUGUGUCUAUUUUGCAUACUAUUGAGGUAGUUUUCUGGUAAGGCUUAGCAGUUAUUUCAACUGUUUUGAAGACUUUGUUGCAGUUGUUGUUGUCUACGCUAUCUACCUCAAGUGAUCCUAGGAGCAUAUCAUCAUAGGUCAAGUCAGAGUUAUUUUUUUGGUUACUGGCUGUAUGGUUCUGUACUUCGUGUACUUGGUUUCUUUUCUGGCAAACUUUGCUGAAAUGACCCCAUUUGUGGCAAUAGUGGCAUUCAACACCACCAGCUGGACACUUUUCGUUGCCUGUAUGGGAAUCAUCGCCACAUCACUGGCAUAGUUGCUUGUCGUUUCUUUGUUUUCUGCCUUUGUUGUCUCUCUGGCCUCUUUGUUUGGCUUUUGCAUUGCCUUUGGCUCUUUGUAGUGAGUUGACUUGUGUUUUAUCUGCUUUGCUUGUCAUUGCUUGCAGCUGUAGCCUGGUAGCUUUGUCAGUGCAAGCAAUUUCUCUGGCUUUCUUGAGUAUGAGGUCACUUCCUUCAGCAAUACAUUUCUUUCACACAAUGUUAGAGUCAACGCCGAACACGUGAGCGUCUCUCAGUAAUUAGUCAUGGAGCUUGGACAAAUAGCCACUCUUUUGGAUCAACAGCUUGGCCUCUGUCAGGAAAUCAUCGAGGGGUCAUCCGUUUUGCCUCAGGUUUUGGAGAUAGAAGCGCUUAAGUAUGUGGUUGGACUGGGGUUUCACAUGCUCUUCGAAUCACGUCUAGUAUUCAUCGAGUUUCUUUUGUUCUUCACUGCUCAAGUUCCGAGUGUUGAAUAAGUCUAGACUAUAGUCACCAGUCCACAGAAGGUAAUUAUCCAACAAAAUAGAAGUUCACAUUUCUGUCGGAAAUGCUUGAACCUCUCAGGUAAAUCUGGUCUAGGAGUCCAGUCUAUUUUUGGUGAUUCGAAACCUAUUAGAUCGCUCAUUUCGUUCUUGAAUUCUGCUCUUGAGUUUUGUCUUGAGUCUUGAUAGGUUUUCUGACCUAUUAAUCGAAGAUCCCACUCCUAACAACAAUGUAAAUAGACUCGUAGUUCAACUCAAGUAGUUUAUUCAGCCAUUAUUACAAAAGGAUGUGGUCGGGAACAAUACCGCACGUGAUAAAUUACACGUUACGUAAUCAACAUGCAUGACAUAGAGAAAUCGUUACGUUACAUUUUAAUUAUACGAGAUUAGAUACUGUUACAUAUGUCACUCUCAAAUCAGAGGAGCCUCGUCAGAAUGGUCUUUGAUGGCCUAGCUGGUAAAAGAACUAUAUUGUGCCAAUGUAGAAAAUAGCACAAUCAUCUUCUUCAACCAAAAACUCCCCAAGGUUGAUGUGGAAAUUUAUCUUUCAAACAAUAGAUAUUCUUUAUACUAAGUAACUGAGUGUUUUACUCACCAGCUGAAACAAUACAGCAGUUUUAUCAGUAAUUUAAAUCAUCUACCCUGACUCUAAAAUUAAAAUUUAAGGAGCAUUGGCCCUGCUUCUUACUCCUGUACCAUUUACAAUAACCCUUCUGUGCAGCUGGCCAAACCGAUGAUCAUUUCUGAAUCAUACUACAUAGCUCAGCUUCCCAUUAGAAAACCUCUCAAAUUUUCAUCAUGCAAUCAAAAUUGUCACCACUCAACUGGCAGGUAUGUCAGAUGAUACACGCUCAAUACUUGACUGAUACUUUAGCGACACUCAGCUGAUACUUUACCAAUACUCGGACAACACACUGUGUGCUCUUGUUAAUGAGCUCUAUCUUUUCUACUUGCAUAUUAACUUUCUCUCUCUAACCCUUUCAAACUCUUCUUAAGUAUUGAUAGUAUUGGUCGAUACUUGGCCAACUAAUGAUAUAAGUACAUGUGAUAUGUCUCCCUUGGCCAACUGAGGAUACUUGACCAACUAAUGAUAUAAGUAAAUGUGAUAUGUCUCCUUCCCCCUCUACCCCAACUUUUAAGGAAGUUAUCAUCUCGUGUUUUGUCAUUCUUUUCUAUUUAGAUUAUAACGCUUAUCUAAAUGAUCUCCGGGAAGCAUCUCAAGCUGGAUUUGAUGACCUAUGCAAUAAGGCAAACCAGUUACAACCUCACAUACCUCCUUUGACUAUGAAGAAAAAAGGAAAGUUUUGCUUAAAUAUUGAUGAAAGUUCUCAGAAACGUAUACCAACUGGCAAAUUGAAUGGUGACUAUGUUGCCCUUAGAACCUCUGGGGAUGGAAAUUGUUUUUUUCGCACAGCAUCGGUACUAGCCUUUGGGGAUGAAAGUAAACAUCUAGAAAUGCGAGUGAGAAUAGUGGUGGAGCUUGCGUGUAACAUACAAUAUCAUUUAACCGUCCCUAAUGUUGAAGAAAGAAUUCGUGUUAUAGAAGAAUAUUUACUUGGUACGUCAAGUAGCAAGGCAUUGGACACAUCGCUUAUUAAAGUGGCAUUUAAAGGAGAGGUGCGUGAAACUUGCAAACAAUUCAAUUCGGCAUCACACUGGCAUGUUGAGGCACUGCCAACUGUCAUUCGGCGUCCAGUAAAGGUUGUUUUUCCAGAAGGUAGCGGACGGAUUGAGGAGAUUUUUAAUGAUGAUAUUCAUCCUCGGGAUGGUCGUUUGAUAUUGGAACCAUUGGUAAUCAUGUGGACAUCAGCUAACCCUUCACCUAGAGGAGGGCCAGAUCAUUUUGUUCCACUAGUUCCUGCUGGCGAGGUUUGUUCCCCUGGGAAAGGUAAGCUCAAAUUUCUUCCUAAAGUUUUUACUAAAUGUCUAUUUUUUAUUCAAGAAAAAGCUUUUGUCUUUUGUUUUUGGGUUAAUUCAAAUGUAUCGACUUGAAAAAUAUCUAAGAAAUAUCUGGAGAGUAAAGGAGUUAAAUGGACUCGAUAAUCUGAGUUGGUAAUAGUCCGCACAGCUUGCUUUUGCAAAAAGUAAAAUUCUCUUCAAGCUAGAUACAUAUGUGGUCGAUCAGGCAGAGUUACAGUAGACAAUAGAAGGAUAAAUUAAAGUGUGAUAGGAAGUGAGUUUGUUCGUAGAGGAGAGGAAAAAGCAAGACCUGAAUAUAAUCGCCAUUGAUUUUUCAAUUUGUUCACGUAUCUAGCUGAUGUGCUGUUUCCAGGUGAGAUGAUAGUCAAAUAAUUCCCCCCAAGGAAUUUAUUUAUAUUGGACUGUUGUAGGGGUUUACCCCAAAGGAGAGAGAAAUGCGACAGUUAAAUUUCUUCGGUCUGGGUUAAAAAUGACAUAGUGAGUUUUCUUUAUAUUUACUGAAAUCUUAUUACAUUUUAGCCGAAUAUAAAUAUUUUGGAGUUCAUCAUUGAGUGGAUUCUAAGGAAUUUGUGUUUGAAUGAAAAUGAAAGGUAAUAGUAUUGGCAGCUAAAAGUAGAGGGUCUGUUAAUUAAGAGGCAUUAGGGAGGUCAUUUAUGUAUAUAAUGAACAAUAGAGGGCCUAGAAUCGAACCUUGAGGGACACCACAUUUGAUAGGUUGCAUAGGAGAACGAGCUUUGUUGAAUUGGAAAAAUUACUAGCGGCAAGAAAAGUAGCUUUUAAACCACUCCAAAGCCACGUCACGGCUACCAUAGUGCUCCAAUUUGGCAACCAAAUUUGAUGGUUGGGAGUGUCGAAAGCUUUGCAAAAAUCCAGGAAAACACCGAUCAUUGUCGAGUGAGUUUUCUAAAAUCCAAAAUGACAGCGGUAACAUAUAUCGUGUUUUUGGCAAAUCCUACAAAGUUAUUGUAUAAUAAAUAGAUUUAGCUAAGCCUAAAAGCAGAGCUCUUGUUAGGUUACUUUCCAGCCCUUCAUAAAUAAAACUCUUCAGCACAGGCUGUAGAAGAGUUUCUUCAAAGGGAUAAGAGACCAGACGAGGUCUGGUCUGGAACCUGCGGGCGAUGUUCUCACAAAUUGCAAAGCAAUCAACACACAUGCUAGUCAGUGGUAUGUUCAAACAGCUUGGGACCUUCGUCGUUGUUCCUAAUGUUUUGAGCAAAUUUUCGAAGGUACACUUUCACACUUUUUCGCACUUUAUUUUCUAUUGUCUUACCUAUUUACAAGAUACUCCUUUGACCCACGAUAGCAAAUGCUAAUCGAAGCGGAUCAAAUUUUUUUAUUUAUUUAUUUUUCUUUACUGACUUUAUUUAAUUACGCUGGAAAUAAAACAGAAAUAAAGAAAUAUAACAUAAAAGGACAAAAAGAUACGCAAAAAAAAGAAAAAAAGGAAAAUGGCAGAUGUUCAUUGUAAAGGAGAAAAAGUCCUAGCGUUCUAAGUCUACGAAAAAUAUUGUAGAACUAUUCAAUUUUGCUGUGUUUUAAUUUUAAUAUUAUCAUCAGGCUCCCUAUAAGAAUCUUCAGUUUUUAGAAUAUUAAGAAGAGGUCUUUUGUUUCUUUUUUGAAGGAUUUCUUUGACAAAUUUUUGUAUUCACACUUUGACACCAACUCACGAAAAGCCUUUUUUUUUCCAUUUUAAGCCUAGAGUACUAAUGCUAAAGACUUGUGACGUUGAUGAGCGAGUAGUACAUGUAUGGGUGUUUGAAGUUCUCUUGAAAAGUUUCAUGAUGUUAGAGGGUGCACUAUCGUUAUGAACAUCGAGCAUUAAUUUACGUACAGCUUCAUAAUAUAAGAAGGUAAUAGGCAGAAUUUUCGCAUUUACAAAUAAGGGGAUUGCAUGUUCUUCUUUGUCAACAAAGUAGAUUAGACAUAAUACUCGCCUUUGGAGAACAACAAUUUUUUUUAGACAGUUUUAAGAUGUAUUACCCCAAAAACGAGUCCAUAAGUUAAAUAAGGUAAAAUUAAGGAUUUAUAAAUAUUUGUGAGUACAGAUGAUGGAGCAAAGUGUCUACGCUUAGCAAUCAUUCCUAUGGUCUUAUUUUAGUGAUAACACAGUCCAAAUGGUUUUUCCAAGAAAGAUUUCCAUAGAUCAAACACCUAAAUACUUGAUGUAACCCUAAUAUUCCUAUUUUUACCAUUAAAUAUACCUGUUUGUGGAAGAUAACAGAUUUGCUUUUGUCUAGGGCGAAAAAUAAGAUUUCAAUUUUUUUGUAUUUAAAGUCAAUUUAUUUGUAGCUAACCAGUCAUGUAAAUUGUUCAGUUCAGCAUUGACUGUCUGUUCUGAAGAAUUGUGGUCCUUGUCGACAUAGAGAAUAUUAGUGUCAUCCGCAAAUAAGAAAAAUUGAAGUUUAUUGGAACAGAGGUGAAUGUCAUUUAUAUAAAGUAAAAAGAGAAGUUGUCCUAAAACCGAACCACGAGAGACACCACAGGGAGAAAUUAGUUUAGUUGAUACGUGCGAUCCAAUUUGAGUUGUUUGCGUUUGAUUUGUUGAGUACGACUGGAACCACUCGUUGAUAAUCCCUCGAAAACCCUAAAAUUAAGUUUAUAUAAGAUAGGGCAUGUUUUCUUCUUCAGACAAAGUGUAUGACGUCAGCAUCAGUUGAAAUUAUAUUUCUUAGGGCGGGAGUUAUUAUUUCGGUUUGGGAAAAUGAGCCAAAAUUAAAAGAAACGACGGCAAACUACUUUGUAUUAACACAUCACUAGUCGAUUGGAGUGUAUAUUUGGUGAGCACAGUGAGUCAGUAAAACAAUACGCCAGAAUCGUAUGGGCUUCUCUUAUAUCUUCUCUUGAAGUUGCCAGGUAUGACUGCUUGCCCUAUUGCUUUUUCCUAACGUUUUAAUCUCCUCUGUUUAGCGUAGAAAAUUAAAAAGAAAAGUAAUAUUCAGCUCGUGUUUGAACCUGAGGAGGCAAGUCAAAUUAAAAACAUGAAUUAAAAUAAGAGGGCCCCCAUUAAUUUCGGUCCUAAUUAAAGGAGGAUCCUUGUUUUCCAGAUUCCUACCCUUUUAAACUCAGAUAUCUUGUGACCAAUUCCUUAUUUCGAUUUUCAGUUUAGGUAGGACCAUUGGUAAGAAACACCAUGCAUUAAUGAAAACUUGAGCUAGUUUAUUUAAUGCAAUCUAAGUAAUAACAUUACAUGCUACAGUAUGGUAACUUACACAACAAAAUUAUAUAAUCACACAAUUCCAAACAAAGGAAGUCAGGUUAUUGAAUCGCCUGCUUCAACUUUUUAGGAUUUAAGGUACAGAGAAUAGAUAUGGUAAACAGCUAAAAUUAAUACAUAGUUGAAAGUUUGAAAGCUAAAAGUUAUAAAUUACAAUCAUCGGAACCUAAAAAUCCUAGCAAAAGAAGGGUCAUUUACCACCAUAACUUCUCCCAAAAGUUCAUGCUUCCAGGAAAUCAUUUAUUUUUGUCACUAGGUGGUACUGUAUUUACAAUAUUUCUGCCAACACAAAGGCAUUUUUCUAAAGAUUUCUCAAAGCACAUGACUGUACAGGUCAAGUGGAAGGUUCCUGCAUGGAAACUAACAUUUAAAUUACCUCAGCAAACUGUAAUCAUCAGAAUUGUAAGCCAAGGUGUAUUUACCAAGUGUUCAAGUUUCCAAAUUAGUCACCUAAUUCUUACAGUGGAGUUCAAUCCUUUUUGAGGCUAUCUUCAGCUUGAUCAUCCUGUUACAUGUGAAAACAUUAAAUGUUACUCAUAUAUUCAAGUUAUUACCUGAAUCAAAAGUUAUAAUAUUUUUAACAACCUGCUACCUUUAAUU